CUCCUGAUUGGCUCGUGUGUUUCGGCUCGUUCGCGUGUUGCGGCUCCAGCAGAGUCACCUUGCUUCGGCCGCUGCUGCUGUUCUGGGGAAAGAGCAGAGGAACCGACCGGGCCAGAGGCGACAGGAAAGCAGCUGGCCACCGACCGAACCGGGUCGACAUGGCGGAGACAAAGCCGAAGACCUCUCCGAAGGCCAUAAAGUUCCUGUUCGGAGGUCUGGCCGGCAUGGGGGCCACGGUGUUCGUCCAGCCUUUGGACCUGGUGAAGAACCGGAUGCAGCUGAGCGGCCAGGGAUCCAAGGCCCGCGAGUACAAGACCAGCUUCCACGCUCUGUUCUCCAUCCUGAAGAACGAAGGAGUGGGAGGCAUCUACACCGGUCUGUCUGCAGGGCUCCUCCGCCAGGCCACCUACACCACCACCCGCCUGGGCAUCUACACCAUCCUGUUUGAGAAGAUGACAGGAGCCGACGGACGGCCGCCCAACUUCCUGCUGAAGGCUCUGAUCGGGAUGACGGCCGGCGCCACCGGAGCGUUUGUGGGGACGCCGGCGGAGGUUGCUCUGAUCAGGAUGACGGCUGAUGGGCGACUUCCUGCUGACCAGAGGAGAGGAUAUACCAACGUGUUCAACGCUCUGGCUCGCAUCACCAGAGAGGAGGGGCUGACCACGCUGUGGAGGGGGUGUGUUCCCACCAUGGCCCGGGCGGUGGUGGUCAACGCCGCUCAGCUGGCGUCCUACUCCCAGUCCAAACAGGCGCUGCUUGACUCAGGGUACUUUGGAGACGACAUCUUGUGCCAUUUCUGUGCCAGUAUGAUCAGCGGUCUGGUUACCACGGCAGCAUCGAUGCCCGUUGACAUCGUCAAGACCAGGAUCCAGAACAUGAGGAUGAUUGACGGCAAACCAGAGUACAAGAACGGCCUGGACGUUCUGAUGCGGGUCGUGGGGAAGGAGGGCUUCUUCUCCCUGUGGAAAGGUUUCACUCCGUACUACGCCCGACUCGGCCCUCACACCGUCCUCACCUUCAUCUUCCUGGAGCAGAUGAACCGCCUCUACAAGACCUACGUGCUGGACCGCUAACACACACCAUCACACACACACACACACCAUCACACACACACACACCAUCACACACACACACACCAUCACACACACACACCAUCACACACACACACACACACAAAGGGUUAAAGUUCUCUUGGCUGUGAUGUAAGCACCUUUAACUGACAUCAGAUUAUAAACCUGUGACCUCCGACCCCCAGCAUCAUGGUGUCACCUGGUUACCAUGGUUACCGAGUGGUAAAUAAAUUGUUUUUAUCCUCA